AAGUGAACGUCUCAGCUCGUUUGGCAGUGAAAGGUCUGACACAAGCCUCAGCGUUACACAACUUACACCGGAGUGAAGGAGAGACAGCAUCCCAAAAGAUCGCCUUAUGGAUUCUCCUCGCCAAUCCAAGAGGGCUAACCUGAAUCGAGAGCCAAAGCGCAGCCAGAAUCAGUCCAGCACUCCUCCUCAGAAAGACGCCUAUGCCAGGCUGCUCAGCCAGCACCGCAGCAGCAAGUUCAGCUCGUAUCUGGAACAAUAUGCAAAGGACUCGUCUCUUCAAAGGGAAGGAAACGGGCCGAGCCCACUGCUCAGAGCCCAGAGUGACAGGCUGAACAUACCGCAGCGAAAAAGAGACCAAGUGUUCAAUGAUUUCUCUGAUUCAAGUGACUUCUCCCCAUCCUCCAUGAAAUCUAGAGGCGAGGAGAGCUCGCUGUCUUUGUACAUGGAGAAACUGAGCGUUCGCAACGCUCAGCAGGACUGUGAGAGGAAGCAGGGUGUGUGUGACAGGCAGCGACGGGGACAGAGGAGGGACACCGCCACCAGCCAAGACGGAGACAUCGAAUCUGGAGAGGAGUUUGGUUCUUUAAAUCCAAAUGAGAUGAAGAAACAGCAAAAGCAGCAAAGGAAAAGCAAGGACUCUAACAGAGAUGCUGCCUCCAAGGAGACGGACUCGUUUGUUGGACAAUCCCCAAAGAAAGCCGGUACAAGUGGGCAGGAACAAGAGAAGAUGAAGAAGUCAAAGAAGAAAAUGUUGCACCAAGAAGAGGAGAAAAACAGAGAAGGGAUCAUGACGUCUGGAGCUGAUGCUCAGAUGUUAAGGCCCAAAUCCCCUCAUGGUAAAGAGAAAAGACAGCCCCAAGCUUCAGGUGCCAAUUCUCCAGCUGACAAGAACAAGAACAAAGGAGGCAGAGGGCAAAAGAAGCCAGUGUUUGAACCCUACAUGGCCUAUGAGGAUGUUUGCCAUGGCCUCAAAAGAGGAGAACUUAUUCACGGACAAUUAAGAAUCAACCCCAAGAAGUACCAUGAAGCUUUCAUCCCGUCUCCUGAUGACACACGUGAUAUAUUCCUGGAUGGGAUUGUUGCUCGCAACAGAGCGCUGAAUGGAGACGUUGUGGUGGUGCAAAUCCUCCCUCAGGAGCAGUGGAAGGUGGUGAGGUCAGAUACCGACUGCGAGGGCGCCAGCGAGUCAGAGACCCAGAAAGAACACGUGGUGCAAAGAGCUCAGAAGAAGACAGAGCGGGCCCCGAGUCCUGAUGUUAUUGUGGAGGACCAGUGCAGCGACCAGGAUGAAAUCGUCAGCAAGAAAAUCAGUGACACAGUAGGGAAACCUCUGGAAGACACAGCAGCACCACGGUCCAACGGGGAAAUACUGCAAAAGACUGCUAAAGUCGUGUACAUCGUCGAGAAGAAACACUCGAGAGCUGCUACUGGCUUCCUGAAGUUCCUGCCAGACAAGCCCUUCGCCAUGUUCUCCCCUGUGGACCACCGGGUGCCGCGGAUUAACGUUCCCCUCGCUGACUGCCCCGAAAACUUCAGGUCCCGCUCGGGUGACUACACCAACACCCUGUUCAUCUGUCGGAUCACCAACUGGCCGGCCGACAGCAACUUUGCAGAGGGGCAUCUCGCUAAGACACUGGGCCAAGCUGGAGAAAUCGAGCCAGAGACCGAGGGCAUCCUGACGGAGUACGAUGUCGAUUUUUCUGAGUUCUCAGAUGAGGUAUUGGACUGCCUCCCUAAGAACCUGCCCUGGACCAUCCCACCGGAGGAGCUGAGGGAGAGGAGAGACCUGAGGACGGAGUGUAUCUUCACAAUCGACCCGGCGACUGCCAGAGAUCUGGACGAUGCCCUGUCCUGUAAACAACUCCCAGAUGGAAACUUUGAGGUGGGAGUUCACAUCGCUGACGUGAGUUAUUUUGUGGAGCAGGACAACACUCUGGAUGCCGUCGCCAGCCAAAGAGCUACAAGUGUGUACAUGGUUCAGAAGGUGAUCCCCAUGCUGCCGAGGCUGCUGUGUGAGGAGCUGUGCAGUCUGAACCCUCUAACCGACAGACUCACUUUCUCUGUCAUUUGGAAGAUCACACCUGAGGGAAAGAUCCUGGACGAGUGGUUCGGCCGCUCAGUCAUUCGCUCCUGCGUGAAGCUGAGUUACGACCACGCUCAGAGCAUGAUCGAGGCCCCGGAGAAGAUGUUCCCUGCUGAGGAGCUGCCACCUGUGGACCCAGUGCACUCCAUCGACGAGAUCCACCAGGCUGUGCUCAACCUGCACUCUAUCGCCAAGAACCUCCGAGCUCAGCGCUUCUCAGGAGGAGCCCUCAGACUGGACCAGUUAAAGCUUUCUUUCACCCUCGACAAAGAGACAAUGAUGCCUCAAGGCUGCUACGUUUACCAGUACAGAGACAGCAACAAGUUAGUGGAGGAGUUCAUGUUACUGGCUAAUAUCGCCACAGCCCACCACAUUUACCGCAAAUUCCCAGAGUUGGCCCUGCUCAGGCGCCACCCCCCACCCAAGACCAAGAUGGUGGACGAGCUGCAGGAGCUGUGCGACCAGCUGGGAAUCGACAUCGACUUGUCCUCUGCAGGAGCGUUACACAAGAGCCUCAAUACCACUCUUGGUGAUGAUGAGUACACCAGCGCCAGAAAAGAAGUCCUCACACACAUGUGCUCCAGACCCAUGCAGAUGGCGUUGUACUUCUGCACCGGCGGGCUGAAGGAGGAAAAGCUCUUUAAGCACUACGCCCUCAACGUUCCUCUCUACACACACUUCACAUCACCCAUCAGACGCUACGCUGACAUCAUCGUGCACCGGCUGCUGGCCUCCUCACUCAAGUGUGGACCUCCGUUAGGACUGUCGACAGAGGAAGUCCAAAAACAGUCAUCACACUGCAAUGACAAGAAGACCAUAUCCAAGAGGGUUCAGGAGCUCAGCUCUGAGCUCUUCUUUGGAGUGUUUGUAAAGGAGUGCGGCCCACUGGACUCCGAGGCCAUGGUGAUGGGGGUGCUGGAUCAGUCCUUUGAUGUGCUGGUUCUCCGAUACGGCGUACAGAAACGCAUCUACUGCAAGUCUAUUGCGGGCCUGGACACGUUCCACCAUCGUAGGGUGGGGAAGAAAUCAGAGCUGACGCUGCUCUGGACACCAGAGGACCUGGAGAAUCCUCCCAUAGAGCAGAUCAUUUCAAUCUUCACAUUAGUGGAGGUGCAGCUCAAAGCCGACGGCGCGCCGAUGAAGUACAGCGCCGCGCUCAAGAGGCCCGAGGACAGCCGAUCAUAAACACACAGAUACUUGAAUGGAAGUUUGGAAUUGCACAUUUUCUUUAGUUGAUUAAUAGAAGUGACUUGUUUAACUGACAUAUAGUAUAGAGCCACAGGUACUGUGGUCGGCAUAGAAAUCACUCAUCAGACCAGAGUCAGAAUUCAGCUGAAACUCCAGUUCUGAGUUUUUAGAAGCCUUGAAGGUUUAGUUUUUCAUGUUUUUAACCCACUUACUGCCCACAUGCGUACACAUCACCGCUGUCCAUUUUCCAACGUAUAUUAUACCUCUUCUUUGGUUGCAUUAGUUUCUGAAAUGUAUAGAAGUGAUAGACUUGCAUCACCGGUGAAACGUCUGCAAGUUCACUUUCAUAUUGACGUCAAAUUUAAAAAAAAAAGUUUCAACAUUACCCAGGUAUAACUGGAAAGUGGCAGGCCGUAAAAUGUACAGUAAGUGGUUUGAAAUGUGUGAAACCGACGACACGUUCAAGGCUCAACGCUGCAGCUUCUCAGCGACUCGUCGUGGAUUUCAAAUUGAAUUCUGGCUCUGCUCUGAUGGUGAACGAAUCGAUGAAGCGAUGAGCUUUACUUUGCUGUUGAUUUAUUGACCUAUUGAGGUCAGUUCCGAUGUGAUAUAAGUUGUCGUACACAGUCUAAUGUGUGAAAACUGAUUUUUAACUAUUUUAAGCUUAAUCGUAUUGACUAGCUGCCUGGCGUGAGGUUGAGAAGAGACCCGUGGUGGUGUUUUGUAAAGCAAUAGUUUACCACACUACUGAAUUUUUAUUCAUUUGGCCUCAUCUCUGAUUAACUCUUCUUAUUGUAACUCUACUUGAAGUCGCCGUGGCCUCAGUGAAGCUACACGAGUCACAUGGUACAGAUGUAGCAGCAAGAUGAAAACAUUCAACCACGUCAGUCUCAGAACAUUAACAGUCAAACGGCUACUACGCGUCAUCCGUGACUUUUUAUGUUGUUGUUGUGUGUGUUUACAUUGUUUUAUACAAGAGACGUCUCGAUUAUGAAGGGACUGAUGGACCACUUGAGGUCCGUCGUGUCACAGCUUACAGGACUUUCCUUGAUUUAAAUUCCUUAAACGGACAAACGUGUGUUCUGUAUUUCGUGUGCAAGUCAGGCCAAAGCUUUAUAAUUUAUCAACUCGUUAUUGUUUUUAAUACGAAGUGAGUUGAAUGUGAACUGCUGCUGAAACUGAUUGGUGGCCUUGAGAUGUAAAUGAACUUCAUGUUGGCUCACGUGCUUCCUAGUGCUUCCAACUGCUGUUUGUGUGCUGUUGUUGUUGUUUUUCUUUUAAUGGUCAGAUUUGAUUUGUGCGGCACAAAAAAGCUUAAUGGACCUCAUUAUUAUCAAAUGUGAAUUUCAGUCUCAGUUUAACGAAGUGAUCGCCGAUCGUCGUUAAAUCGAGACUAAAUUUCCGAGCAAACUGGAUUCGGAGCCCAACUUUACUUGAGUCAGUGUGCCUCUCUGUACUUCUGUAACUGAACAGUGCCAUGUCCUGUGAUACAAAUUAGCUGCUAUCUUCUGUCAGUUUUUUGGGGGGAUGGGAAAUCCAGUUUGGGUUGUGUUAGAUCUUUUUCUUCUUCUCCUUCUUUUUUUUUUUUUUUGAAACACCAGCUAAUUUUUUUAAAAAUUUAUUUUGUAUUACAUGGACUGCCAGUAUUUGACAUGAUCUUUAAAUGUAUUUUAAGCCGGUGCUGGUAUUCUACUAGCACUAGUCAGUGUUUCUGUGAUUUAUGUGAAAAAAAAAAGAAAUCUGUCACAUUUGAAAAUCUGCAAACUCAACAACAAAUCAAAUACAAUUUCUUUGGACCUUUUAUUGUCACUUGAAACUUGGAUUCUGGUCAGUAACUCUGUGCAUUUACUGUAUACUCUUAUUGUACUCUAAACAAAGCAAUGGAAGGUUGUCUUUAAGAAAAUACAUACAUGGAAUCCAGA